CCGCGCCCUCCUCCUCCUGCUGCUGCUGCCGCUGCUCCUCCUCCUCCCGCGCUCGCUCUCCUCCUCCUCCUCCUCCUCCUCAGCCUCUCGGCCCGCCGCCGCCGCCGCCCGCCCAGCCCGGGCCUCGCCGCGAUGCCCGAGAAGAGGCCCUUCGAGCGGCUGCCCGCCGACGUGUCGCCCCUCAACUACAGCCUGUGCCUCAAGCCCGACCUGCUCGACUUCACCUUCGAGGGCAAGCUGGAGGCCGCCGCCCAGGUGAGGCAAGCAACCAAUCAGAUUGUGAUGAAUUGUGCCGAUAUUGACAUUAUAACAGCUUCAUAUGCACCAGAUGGAGAUGAAGAAAUACAUGCUACAGGAUUUAACUAUCAGAAUGAAGAUGAAAAAGUCACCUUGUCUUUUCCUAGUACUCUCCAAACAGGUACUGGAACCUUAAAGAUAGAUUUUGUCGGAGAGCUGAAUGACAAAAUGAAAGGUUUCUAUAGAAGUAAAUACACCACCCCUUCUGGAGAGGUGCGCUAUGCUGCUGUCACACAGUUUGAGGCUACUGAUGCACGGAGGGCUUUUCCUUGCUGGGAUGAACCUGCUAUCAAAGCAACUUUUGAUAUCUCGUUGGUUGUUCCUAAAGACAGAGUAGCUUUAUCAAACAUGAAUGUAAUUGAUCGGAAACCAUACCCUGAUGAUGAAAAUGUAGUGGAAGUGAAGUUUGCCCGCACACCUGUCAUGUCUACAUAUCUCGUGGCAUUUGUUGUGGGUGAAUAUGACUUUGUAGAAACAAGGUCCAAAGACGGUGUGUGUGUUCGUGUUUACACCCCUGUUGGCAAAGCAGAGCAAGGAAAAUUUGCGUUAGAGGUUGCUGCUAAAACCCUGCCUUUUUAUAAGGACUACUUCAAUGUUCCUUAUCCUCUACCUAAAAUUGAUCUCAUUGCUAUUGCAGACUUUGCAGCUGGUGCCAUGGAGAACUGGGGCCUUGUUACUUAUAGGGAGACUGCAUUGCUUAUUGAUCCAAAAAACUCCUGUUCUUCAUCCCGCCAGUGGGUUGCUCUGGUUGUGGGACAUGAACUCGCCCAUCAAUGGUUUGGAAAUCUUGUUACUAUGGAAUGGUGGACUCAUCUUUGGUUAAAUGAAGGAUUUGCAUCAUGGAUUGAAUAUCUGUGUGUAGACCAUUGCUUCCCAGAAUAUGAUAUCUGGACUCAGUUUGUUUCUGCUGACUAUACCCGCGCCCAGGAGCUGGACGCCCUAGAUAAUAGUCACCCCAUUGAAGUGAAUGUGGGCCAUCCUUCUGAAGUGGAUGAAAUAUUUGAUGCUAUAUCAUACAGCAAAGGUGCCUCUGUCAUUCGAAUGCUACACAACUACAUUGGAGAUAAGGACUUUAAGAAAGGAAUGAACAUGUAUUUAACCAAGUUCCAACAAAAGAAUGCUGCCACAGAGGACCUCUGGGAAAGUUUAGAAGAAGCUAGUGGUAAACCAAUAGCAGCUGUGAUGAAUACCUGGACAAAACAAAUGGGGUUUCCCCUCAUUUAUGUCGAAGCAGAACAGGUGGAAGAUGACAGGUUACUGAGGUUGUCCCAGAAAAAGUUCUGCGCCAGUGGACCCUAUAUAGGAGAAGACUGUCCCCAAUGGAUGGUUCCCAUCACAAUCUCGACAAGUGAAGAUCCCAACCAGGCCAAACUGAAAGUUCUAAUGGAUAAGCCAGAGAUGACUGUGGUCUUGAAAAAUGUCAAACCAGACCAGUGGGUGAAGUUAAAUCUGGGAACUGUUGGCUUCUACCGGACUCAAUACAGCUCUGCCAUGCUGGAAAGCUUAUUACCAGGCAUCCGCGAUCUUUCCCUGCCCCCCGUGGAUCGUCUGGGAUUACAGAAUGACCUCUUCUCUCUGGCUCGAGCUGGAAUCAUUAGCACUGUAGAGGUUCUAAAAGUCAUGGAGGCUUUUGUGAAUGAGCCCAAUUACACUGUGUGGAGCGACCUGAGCUGUAACCUGGGGAUCCUCUCAACUCUCUUGUCCCACACAGACUUCUAUGAGGAGAUCCAGGAAUUUGUGAAAGAUGUCUUUUCACCCAUAGGGGAGAGACUGGGAUGGGACCCCAAACCUGGAGAAGGUCAUCUAGAUGCGCUCCUGAGAGGCUUGGUUCUGGGAAAACUAGGAAAAGCAGGACAUAAAGCAACAUUAGAAGAAGCCCGUCGUCGGUUUAAGGACCACGUGGAAGGGAAACAGAUUCUCUCUGCUGAUCUGAGGAGUCCUGUCUAUCUGACUGUUUUAAAGCAUGGUGAUGGCACUACUUUAGAUAUUAUGUUAAAGCUUCACAAACAAGCAGAUAUGCAAGAAGAGAAAAACCGAAUUGAGAGAGUCCUUGGGGCCACUCUGUUGCCUGAAUUGAUUCAAAAAGUCCUCACAUUUGCACUUUCAGAAGAGGUACGUCCACAGGAUACUGUAUCAGUAAUUGGUGGAGUGGCUGGUGGCAGCAAGCAUGGAAGAAAGGCCGCUUGGAAGUUUAUAAAAGACAAUUGGGAAGAACUUUAUAAUCGAUACCAGGGAGGAUUCUUAAUAUCCAGACUAAUAAAGCUAUCAGUAGAAGGAUUUGCACUUGAUAAAAUGGCUGGAGAGGUUAAGGCUUUCUUCGAGAGCCACCCAGCGCCCUCCGCCGAGCGGACCAUCCAGCAGUGUUGUGAAAAUAUCCUGCUGAAUGCUGCUUGGCUAAAGCGAGACGCCGACAGCAUCCAGCAGUACCUACUUCAGCGAAGGUCCUUGCCGCCCACCGCGUGAGCUGGACCUGCGCCACCGGGUGUUGCUGUGCCACCACCUCUGCCGUCGCAACGCGCUGCUCAGUGGGGCCACGGAACAACGGAUUCACUUGCCAAGAAUUUGGAGUCUUCUUUCAAACCAGUGGGGGUUGGACAAUGAAUGUAGUUAACUGGUUCCUGCUCACACUCCAGAAUUAAAUUCUAUUGAAAAAGGAAAAAAAAAUCAACAAUUCAGCAAAAAAAAAAAAAAAAAAAAAAGUAAAAUAAAUACAAAUGUAAAUAUGAUAGUAAUAAAAUAGAGCAUAACGAAACUGUGAAACUUCCUGAAGCCUUGUCAGUGGUUAAAAGUAUUUAACACUCUCCUGUUAAUGACAGAUGUUUUUAUAACCUACCAAAAGGAAAUAAUAGGCUUCUGGUGAAGAGGGGUUUGUGAAGUGGGUUCUGCAAGCAGCCUUUAAGCCAAGGGUCGUGUCCAGUAGCUGGGGAUGGUCAAACACGUAAGGCUGGUAGCAGGCCUCAGAGUCGGUCUCUGCAUAGUUCUGAGUGUAGGGGGUGGGGGGGCAUGAGGACUGACCAGGAAGAUGUCUUCUCCUGCAUAACUCAGUCUGAAAUGAGGAUUGGAGUUCUCCUUGCCUUCCCUCUCCCUCCUGUGUGACCCCUUGACCCCCCUCCCCAAAAAAAAGUUUAAAAAAAUAAGCAAACCCUAACCUGGUCUGGGUUUUAUCCUUCCCUUAGUUCCACCCAUUACCCCCAGGGUCCCAAUCCACCCUGGUGUCCUUCUUAGAGAUAAAUAAUAAACAUCUUUUAUAGCCACAUUAAAUAAGAGAAACUAACAAGCAUUUUUUUCCCCUUUUCCUUAAGCUGACUUUAAGAGUAAAGCGCAUGAGACUCAGAGAUGAGCAGUGAAAAGGCCAGACCUUUUCACGGAGUUAUUCCACUGAAAUUGGGCUUGGUCAGCUGACAGGCCAACUCCUGAACCUCUUUAGGACAGUGUCGCCACAUCUGCUGGCUGGGUGAGCAUUGGGGUGUCACAGUCCUACAACCAGGCCUGUGUGCUCAUGGCCAGUAGGCCGCUCCACCCGAGGCCACAUCAGUCUAACCCUGUGGGCCUCACUCAGUUUCCUCGCCUCCUCCCCUCCUUUCCCUUUCUCUUUCUCUUCCCUUUUUCUUUUAAAAAAUUUUGUGUGUAUUAACAGGAAUUCAUAUUUGGUGUGGCUUAACUAUUUCAGAAGGUCAUCUGAUUGUGAGACUGCUUCCCUGAAACCAUUUUUGUGCUAUUGUUUAAAAAAAAUAAUAAUUCAAAAACAGUUGGCGUUAAUAAAAAUGUCAAUGUGAAA